GUUAUCUGUGAUUUUUUUUUGGUUUAGUUACACUCGAAAAUGAAGAAGAAGGGAGCGAAGAAGAAGGGAGGCUCACGAGGAGGUCGUAAAUCUGGUUCUACUCCGUCGACGAGUAAGAACGAUGAGCCGGUGGUAGAGACCUCGACGCAGGAAACUCAGCCUACUCAGGAGGAGGCAGAGGAAACGGAAGCUAAGGUGGAAUCUCCGGCGCCUGCGAAGGAGGGAGAGAACGAAGAAGAGACGGAAGAGAAUCAGGAGGAGGAAGCGGCGAAGGUUGAACCCAAGCCUGCGGAGGAGGAAAAAGAAGAUGCGAAACCUGAUUCCCCAACGCGUCAGGAGAAGGAUGAAACUGCGAGCAAAAAUAAUGAGGCGAAAGGUGCUUCUUCUUCGCAACCAGUGCUUCGUCGUGGUCUUUGUAAGAGAGCCACAAAGACGGAGAAAGCAGAGAAGAAACCGACUCCGAGAGCUAAGCGAGCCAGAACGACGAAGCCACAAGAACCCGAGCCUGAAUACUUCAAAGAGAAGCGUAAUAUGGUGACACCUGAAGAUGUACGCAAGCUGAAUCUUCCACCUGAGCAUGCCACUAGGACUCCAUCAGGGGAAACAUUUGUUAAGCAAAGUUUGCAAAAGAUUGAAUCAUCUAUAACCCCUUCUGAUAAGAUAGGAGUUGCAUCGGUUGAAGGAGAGGUUGGGGAAAUUAUUCCAAUGAAAAUGGAUUGGAUUCCUUACACCCCACUUGAAAAAAGGGAUAGACAAGUUGAUAGAAUGAACUCUCAAAAUUUUCACCUUGGGCUGUACUCAGAGAAGGUCUGCUCUCAAACAUUUGAAGAUAUCAACAACCCAUUUAAGGUAGAUGAAUCUGAGCAGAGCACUGUGGUUCAAAUAAUGUUUCAAUCUGAGCCACCUGUUGAAUGUGAAUAUGACUGGGUGAAUAACGACAUUCAGGGUAUACUUCCAGAAAUUCUUGAAGAGCUUCUUACUGCCCGUAAAAGAGCUAAAGCAGAUUUAAAGGAGGCUAAGGAUCCACAUGAAAAGGCUAUUUUAGAUGGGGAUAACGGCUUCGAGAGAAGUGUCGAGGAAUUGAAAGCUGCAGGGCAUAGAGUCUUUCUGCUGUAUCGUGAAAUCAAGGGGAACAAAGUUUCCUCGGGUGCACUUUGCAAACAAGUAAAGUUCUUCAGAAGUGAUUGGAGGAGGUUUUUAAAGCUUGAGGAAAUUGAACCGAGGCAUCUUCCAAUUCCUCGACACUCUUCUCGAAGCCGUUAUCCCUUGAUAUUAUCUCCACAUCUUGAGCUGAGAGCACAUCCUGAAAGGUACCGUCGUUUUGCUGAAGCUGAAGCUGGUAUUAGUUAUGAAGAAUACUUAACGAGUAUGGCAAGCGAUCAACACUGGGGAGACGGUAUAACCCUAGCUGCUGCAGCACAAAGGCUUGGUGUAAGAAUACAGGUGGUAUCGGACAAUGGUUUUACCCCUUUCUCGCCGGACCGUGAGACUACUCGACUUUUGAGGUUGUCCUUUCUAAGAGGUGGCCACUACACUUCAUUAAGACCAAGACUCUAGGGAUCCUCGAAUUUGGUGGAGAUUUUGGUUGAGGUGGUUUCUUAUGAGUUACUACUCCUGGAGUGAUCAAACCCAUCAGCACAUAAAGCUACAACUAGGAC